AUGGCCUCUUCAGACUCUGAGAUGGCUGUCUUUGGGGAGGCAGCUCCCUUUCUCCGAAAGUCAGAGAAGGAGAGAAUCGAGGCCCAGAACAAGCCUUUUGAUGCCAAGUCAUCAGUCUUUGUGGCCCAUCCUAAAGAAUCCUUUGUGAAAGGGACAAUCCAGAGCAGGGAAUCAGGGAAGGUCACUGUCAAGACUGAAGCUGGAGAGACCUUGACUGUGAAGGAUGCUCAGGUCUUUUCCAUGACAGGUCGCUUGUUUGCCCCUGUCACCCCCUCCAAGUGGCUGCCGGUGUACAACCCGGAGGUGGUGUUGGCCUACCGAGGCAAGAAGCGCCAGGAGGCCCCUCCACACAUCUUCUCCAUCUCUGACAACGCCUAUCAGUUUAUGCUGACUGAUCGCGAGAACCAGUCAAUCCUGAUCACCGGAGAAUCCGGAGCAGGGAAGACUGUGAACACAAAGCGUGUCAUCCAGUACUUUGCAACAAUUGCAGCGAGCGGGGAGAAGAAGAAGGAGGAACAGCAGUCAGGCAAAAUGCAGGGAACGCUUGAGGAUCAAAUCAUCAGCGCCAACCCACUGCUGGAGGCCUUUGGAAACGCCAAGACCGUGAGGAAUGAUAACUCCUCACGCUUUGGCAAAUUCAUCAAAAUCCGCUUUGGAGCCACAGGCAAACUGGCUUCUGCUGACAUUGAAACUUAUCUGCUGGAGAAGUCCAGAGUCACUUUCCAGCUCAAGGCAGAAAGAAGCUACCACAUAUUUUAUCAGAUCAUGUCCAAUAAGAAGCCAGAGCUAAUUGACAUGCUCCUCAUUACCACCAACCCUUAUGAUUUCCACUUUGUGAGUCAAGGUGAAAUCACUGUUCCCAGCAUUGAUGACCAGGAGGAACUGAUGGCUACAGAUAGUGCCAUUGACAUCCUGGGCUUCACUGCUGAUGAGAAGACGGCCAUCUACAAGCUGACAGGGGCUGUCAUGCACUAUGGGAACAUGAAGUUCAAGCAGAAACAGCGAGAGGAGCAGGCAGAGCCGGAUGGCACAGAAGUGGCUGACAAGGCUGCCUAUCUGAUGGGUCUGAACUCAGCUGACCUGCUCAAGGCGCUGUGCUAUCCCCGAGUCAAGGUGGGGAAUGAAUAUGUAACCAAGGGUCAAACUGUGCAGCAGGUGAAUAAUUCAGUGGGUGCUCUAGCGAAGGCUGUCUAUGAGAAGAUGUUCUUGUGGAUGGUUGUUCGUAUCAACCAACAGCUGGAUACCAAGCAACCCAGACAGUACUUCAUUGGUGUCCUGGACAUUGCUGGCUUUGAGAUCUUUGAUUUCAAUAGCUUUGAGCAGCUGUGCAUCAACUUCACCAAUGAGAAACUGCAACAGUUCUUCAACCACCACAUGUUCGUGCUGGAGCAGGAGGAGUACAAGAAGGAAGGAAUUGAAUGGACAUUCAUUGACUUUGGGAUGGAUCUGGCUGCCUGCAUUGAGCUCAUUGAGAAGCCUAUGGGCAUCUUCUCCAUCCUGGAAGAGGAGUGCAUGUUCCCCAAGGCAACUGACACCUCUUUCAAGAACAAGCUCUAUGACCAGCAUCUGGGCAAGUCCAGCAACUUCCAGAAGCCCAAGCCUGCCAAAGGCAAGGCUGAGGCCCACUUCUCCCUGGUGCACUAUGCUGGCACAGUGGACUACAACAUCUCUGGCUGGCUUGAGAAGAACAAAGACCCUCUGAAUGAAACUGUCAUUGGGUUGUACCAGAAAUCAUCUGUGAAGACACUGGCCUUACUCUUUGCCUCCUAUGGUGGAGCAGAUGCAGAGGCUGGUGGUGGCAAAAAGGGUGGCAAAAAGAAGGGUUCUUCUUUCCAGACUGUCUCAGCUCUUUUCCGGGAGAACUUAAACAAGCUGAUGACCAAUCUACGGAGCACUCACCCCCAUUUUGUCCGUUGCAUCAUCCCAAAUGAAACAAAAACUCCUGGUGCCAUGGAGCAUGAACUGGUACUUCACCAGCUGCGGUGUAACGGCGUGCUGGAAGGCAUCAGAAUUUGCAGGAAAGGUUUCCCCAGCAGAGUUCUCUAUGCUGACUUCAAACAGAGGUAA